AUGACCCACUUCAGAAGGAGUCUUACAUCUGAACUUCAGCAUACCCUUGCUGUUGAGCCUGGCAGGUCUAAGCUCGAUGAAGAUAAUAUCCCACAGAUUAUGGUUGAAGUGUGUGCUGGUUUGGUCACCGUCGACGAGGAAAGCAACAUCAUCCGGCUGGUCCACUACACCACCCAGGAGUAUUUUGAGCGAACGCGGAAUCAGUGGUUUCCGGAUGCAGAGUCCGAUAUUGCGAAAACUUGCAUCACCUACCUCUCAUUCAGCGCUCUUGAGAGCGGGUUAUGUGAAACAGAUAACGAGUUUGAGGAGAUACUGGAGUCAAAUAAGCUCUACGACUAUGCCGCAAGUAACUGGGGUCACCAUGCUCGUCUCGCUUCGAUUUCAUCCAAUGAAGUGAUGGACUUUCUACAGUGCGAGGCGAAGGUGAUUGCAUCAAGUCAAGCGCUGAUGGCUGUUAAGCGACACUCUUGGCAGUCAAAUUACAGCGCCCAGGUUCCUCGGCGAAUUACUGGACGACAUUUGGCGGCAUACUUCGGAAUCCAAGAAGCAGUAAAGGCUUUCUUGGAUGAGGGUUUACCGGAUAUCAAGGACAGUGAUGGUCGAACGCCAUUGUCAUGGGCGGCAGAGAAGGGGCACGAGAAUGUGGUCGAGCUACUGCUAGCGAAAGCCGGCAUUGACGUUAAUUCCGCCGGCAAGACCGGAUUGGCAGCAUUGUCUUUUGCAGCAGAGAAUGGGCACGCGGAGAUCGUCAAGAUGCUGCUCAUGAUAAAGAGUAUUGAUGUGAACCAACGGGACAGUUACGGUCGAACGCCGUUGUUAUGGGCGGCAAUAAAAGGGCACGAGAGGGUAGUCGGGAUACUACUAGCGGCCGCCGGUAUUAAGGUCAAUUCUAAGGAUGAGGACGGAUGGACAGCCUUGUCUUAUGCGGCAGAGAAUGGCAAAGAGGUUGUCGAGAUGCUACUUGCAGCGGCAAUGAAAGGGCACGAGAGGGUAGUCGAGCUACUACUAGCGGCAGCCGAUAUUGAGGUUAAUUCUAAGGAUGAGGACGGAUGGACAGCGUUGUUAUUUGCGGCAGUGAAUGGCUACAAAGAGGUUGUCAAGAUGCUACCUGCAGUGGAUGACAUUGACGCAAACUCCAUGUCGUCUGAUGAGUACGACAGAGGGCGGACAGCAUUAUCAUUUGCGGCAGAGAAGGGCAGGGAAGAGGUGGUCAAGAUCCUGCUGGCAACUGACGGCGUCGACAUAAACCAUAAAUCAACAGGCAUUUACAAUAGCGGACGGACUGCGCUAUCAUUCGUUGCAGGGGAGGGGCAUGAGGAGAUAGAUAGUCAAGAUACUACUCUCCACCAAUGGCAUCAAUGUCAACUCCAAGUCGACCGGCUGCUGCUCCAAAAUGGUGCCAAUAUCAUCAAGUCGAAGCAUUGGGAUGAUUGGACGCCGCUGUGGCUUGAUGAACCCGAUGCAGUGACGACACCCGAAAGCUUUGAAUACAUCUCAGAGGAUCCAGGGUCGGAAGCCUACUAA